AGAGGACUGACCUACACAGGAGUAGUGAAGUCUCAUCUCCCUUGAGCCCGGAGCAGAAAGCUUUUCAGAGCCUCUGCAAGCCAUGAGUCGACAGCCCGAGCCCCAGGCUGCGCGAACAGUGCGCUCCUCAUCCCUCCCAGUGUCACCGACUUCGCCCAUGUCUCAGUAUGCUUCCCGCUCAGAUUCGAAGGGAGCUUUGGACAGCAGCAGCCCGGAAGCCUACACAGAAGAUGACAAGACCGAGGAGGACAUGCCUGCCCCCAGUAACUAUCUGUGGCUCACCAUUAUCUCGUGUUUCUGCCCAGCGUACCCGGUCAACAUUGUGGCUUUGGUCUUCUCCAUCAUGUCUCUGAACAGCUACAAUGAUGGAGACUACGAAGGAGCCAAGAGGCUGGGGCGGAAUGCCAAGUGGGUGGCCAUUGCCUCCAUCAUCAUCGGCCUGGUCAUCAUCGGCGUCUCCUGUGCAGUGCACUUCUCCAGGAACCCCUGAGGAUCUGCCCUCAGCUGGGAAGCAUGGCGGACGGUCCUCAUCUGCACACACACCCCCAACGAAAUUUGAGGAAUGGAUCCUUGAUUUUAAGACUGUGAGAUCUUUUCCUCCGGGACUCUCCAGAGGCGGCUCCCUGGCAAAGGAACACCCUCUAAUCCGGAACGUAAGGAGCUCUCGGCAGAGCGUGCAGACACACCCACCAAAGCCAUUGGCGGAUGAAAAUGAAAAAAAUCCGGCGUCUCCGUGUCUCAGCUCAGCAAACCCUUUGCAUCCAUUCCUCCUCUUCGGGGAUGAACUCCAGAAACCUCGCUGCUUCUCACUGGGACGUCUGGAUUUGGGGGCGGCGAGGGGAGCAGGCGGCUUUCUGGGACGCUAGUGUUUACAAAUCAAGUACAAAUACCACCGCAUGCUUAAAGUUCUCUGGGACAGUUGAGGUCAUAGGUUUAUUUCUUCUUCCUUUUUUCCCGUGUGGUAGGGCCUCCCCAUCUCCCUCAGCGUCCCGAGAGUCCACCCAGACUUCCUAGGUUUUUGUCCCGUGUUUAAUUUCCCCACCUCCUUCUCUUGCUUAUAUCUGCAUUGAUCACUUGGAGCCCCGAUAAGGAACCCAGACCCCUAGGCGUCUGUAUAUCCUCUCCACCCCGCGUGUGGAGUAAAAAUGGCCAUUUUGCGUAACAUGGCUUUCUUUUCUAUUUCUUUUAGCAAAUCUCAGGCAAGAGCUUUGAUUUUUCCAGAAAGCCACCCUAAAGAGUCACACCCUUGUGCUUCUUCCCCGACCCCACCCCCGACCCCUUGUAUAACUGCAACAGCUUAGGCUCAGGAUGCUAUUGCCCCGCCCACCAGAGGAUGCUGGCAUAGUUUUUUUUUUUUUUUUUUUUUUUUUUUUGCAGUGUGCAAAGCACGUGCCACAGGUGGUACUCAAGGCGAUUUCUGUUUAUAAAAAAUGAUGGUAAAUAAUGCUGAAUUUCGAAGAAGGCUUCCUGCUUUAUCCUUUCUCAGCCCUUGCUGCUGCGAGGAGAAUGUCUCUCUUGCGUACCAGUGGGUCCUUCACACUUUCCCGCAACAUCAGUCAUUGCCCACCAUAGCAAACAGUGGCCUUCGGGUCCAGUCUUGGUCUCCAUAGACCUCAGUGACAUUGUUUCGUUCUUAUAGUAUUUGUUUAUAGGCUUCUGUACUUCUGCACAGAUGGACAAACAGACACUCUGUUAUCAUUUAAGCAAGUGAAUUCAGGGAGAGAUUGAAAGUGAUUAAUGUAAACAGGUGAUUAUUUAUGGCCAAAUAAAAAUCUCCAAAACUAAUUAAUGUCAGAAACAUAGCGACACGAACUUGAAUAGAGAAAAGACAGCCCAUUUUAUUAAAUGAACAAGUGAUCAAGAGUCAAAACACCUUUCUCAAUGCCUUUAGGGAGGGGUGGGAUUUGGGGGGGAUUUGGGGGGAUCCCGGGCAACCCAAGCAGGCCUUGAAUUGCUAUGUAACCAAGGAUGGUCUUCUGUCUCUGCCUUUCCAGUGCUGGGGUCACAGGCUGCUGCUGCCCCACCCAGACACUGCAUUUUCUUCCUCGAGACUAGAUAUUUGAGUUGAUUUUAGACAAGUUUCUUCUGAAAAAAAAAUGGAGAUAAGAGCGGCUACCUCCUUACCUCAUACUGUUAUGAAAAUUAAUUGCUAUCAUGAAGGUACCCCUGGAGGGGAGACUGCUGCGCACUAAAGAAAUAUGAAGCAUAUUGAUAGUGGAUUGAAGGUGUUUGGGAAAACACUGGAUCCCAGGGAGUGAGGGGGGCUGAGCAGGGUGGGGGGGCGGAGGGAGAUUGGUGGGCACAGGACUCCACCCAGGUAUGUCAUGAGAUAACCCUUGUCCCAGGAGGAGACUGACUUGGGGACAGGAAUUCUCAGCAUACAGGGAUACCACCACCAUUCCAGCAUAUUGGAUCCUGAUUCUUAUAUUCUGUUUGCGUAUGUUUCAGUCCCUGGACUUUUCCCCAAAUCAAAUGGAAAGAAAGUGUUGUUGAGAGAGAACAGAAUAAAAACGGCUUUAAGUAAGCCCA